AAAAAAAAAAAAAUAUAAAAAAAACACAUCUCUUUAAAUCUGUGAUUUUGAACCACUCAUGGAUGCUUCUUUUUCUUCUUCUUGCAUCUGGAGAUACAACACUUUCGCGAGCUUCCAUGGACCAGAUGUCCGCAAAACAUUUCUUAGUCAUUUGCGAUAACAGUUUAACUCCAAUGGAAUUACAAUGUUCAAUGAUGAAAGGAUCGAGAGAAGCCAAACCAUCGCCCCUGCUCUCACACAGGCGAUUAGAGAAUCGAGGAUAUCCAUCGUCGUGCUCUCGAAGAACUAUGCUUCAUCCAGCUGGUGUCUUGAUGAGCUAUUGGAGAUUUUGAACUGCAAAGAAAACGCAGGACAGAUAGUGAUGACAAUCUUCCACGGAGUAAAUCCAUCUGAUGUGCGCAAACAAACCGGAGAAUUUGGGAUCGCUUUCAAAGAAACUUGUGCUCGUAAAACAAAGGAGGAGAUGAUAAAAUGGACCCAUGCUUUGAACUUUGUGGGCAACAUAGCUGGAGUACACGUCCAAGACUGGGACGACGAAGCAAAAAUGAUCGAGAAGAUUGCAACCGAUGUCUCAAAUAAACUGAAUGCUACAGAGUCGAAGGAUUUUGAUGACAUAGUGGGACUUAAAGCUCAUUUGACGGAAAUUGAGUCUUUGCUAUAUCUAGACUAUGAUAAAGUUAAGAUGGUUGGAAUCUCUGGUCCGGCAGGCAUUGGUAAGAGUACCAUUGCUAGAGCCUUACAUAGCCUACUCUCAAGCAGUUUUCAUCAUAGUUGUUAUAUGGAAAACCUUAUAGAAAGCAAAGCCAAUAGUGCUCUAGAGUAUCGUUCGAAAUUGAGUUUACAAGAGCAGCUUCUUUCGCAAGUUUUGAACCUAAAGGACAUUAGGAUACGCCAUUUAGGUGCGAUACGCGAAAGGCUACACGACCAGAGGGUUCUUAUCAUUCUUGAUGACGUGAAGGAGGCAGAGCAACUAGAGGUUUUGGCUGAUAUCAAGUGGUUUGGUCCUGGAAGUAGGAUCAUAGUGAUCACUGAAAACAAAGAUAUUUUGCUGCAACAUGGUAUAUGUGAUAUAUACCAUGUGGGUUUUCCAUCACAAGAAGAUGCUCUAAAGAUCUUUUGUCUAUAUGCUUUUAGACAAACCUCUCCACCUGAUGGAUAUAUGAAACUUCAUGAAUGUGAAAUGGUUGUAAAAUAUUGUGGCAGUCUUCCAUUGAAUCUACAUGUUUUGGGGACGGCGUUUCGGGGAAGGAGUGAUGAUGAAUGCAAUCUUGGUGUAAUAGGAUUUAUCUAUCUUAGUUUAUCUGAGAAAAGCCAAGCUCUAUUUGACUACUUAAUUCGAUGCUCUGCUCUAGAAAAUGGCAGGGAAACUGAUGAGCCUCCUAGUGGUGAUCUAACUAAGAUUCUAGCAGAUCUUGGCGAGGAAAUUGGUGAUGAUCUAGAUAUUGAACUGGGUCAAAUAUAUGAACUUGCCUACCAUGCGUCGCAAACCGCAACAAGAAUCUUGGGAUAGGAUGAAUCCCUUUUUUUUUUUACUUUGAAUCCUUUUUUUUAUUCAUUUAAAUUGUAAUAUGGCGUCACUUACUGUAUAUAGUAGAAGUUUGAAAUAUGUAUUUUUUGAAAAAAAAAUAUUUAUGAAACUUUUAUGGGA